GGUCCUCUAAGCAUGACAUUCACCGCACAAGACCACGCGCAAUCUGUCAAGCUUCGACACAUCUGCCACUUCGCAUCUGCUGGUCGCGAAUACACCGAGUUAUUGAUAGCUCACCUGGAGCGCUCGAGCUCCGAAACCGUAUUCAAAGUCGGCGACAGAGCAUUAAUACGCUGGUAUGUGCUCACCGCCAAACUCGCCGCUGAGAUUAGCCUGAGCAUGCCUCAGCCGUGUCUCUCCGGUACCUGCUCCUACGACCUCCCCUCCACCACAGAUGCAACAUCUUCUGGGAGCAUCCAAAUCACUGCCGGUGCCCAUACUGCCAUUGGAGACAUCACGACCGCCGCUGGCUGGCAGAUCCUGGGAUGCGACUCUUCCGCCAUUUCGCAGGACAUCCGCCUGGUAUGUAUGGGCGCCGAAUACGAUUCGAUGUGCCAACACCUCUACGCGGGUCACGGAGCGGUGGAUACGAUUGUCAGAUUACCUGAAAGUUGUGGAAAAGGGCCGUUCGCCCGCAUUGCGCGCGCUUGGGUCCCCACAGACCAAUCGAUACCCUCCUCCAUCGCAGCACGCAUCGCUCGUCGGCAAGAAGAUGCGCAACCCCAAGUGAAGGCACUAAGGUUCGACACAGACUUCUCUUCUGUCAAUGACACAAACACGGGCCCCGUUGCUCUGAUGGUCAAAGCCAUCAACGUUCCCGGAUUGAACGAUUUAAUCAGUGGAAAUACGAGCGAUUCUUCAGCAGCUAUCGCAUCGCAGCGCCGCAGCAGACUUAACCGUCGACAAUCUCUCGCCAGCUUCAAAAACUUCGUUGUAAAUGCUGCCAACGCAAUCUCAGACGUCGUUUCCAACGCCAACAGCUUCGGUAUUGACAAAUCACGAGCCCUCCCGGCCAUAGAUUUCAACAAGCAGGCGACACUUUUUGAGCAGUCGCUGGACUGUCCACCGGUCAGCGCGAAGAUAUCGGUCGACGUCAAUGCGAAGGCGCAUGCCGUCGUCACACUCGGCGUGGCAGCAGCCGGCACGAUCGUUCCACCCAAGAUUAGCCUCACUGCGGAUCUCAACGGCGAGCUCGACAUAACAGCAGACCUUUCCGGCGCGAUUUCCUCUGGAAACAUCAAGCUGUUUGAGGCGGGCAUCCCGGGCUUCGAUUUUCCCGGUAUCCUCUCCAUCGGACCGACCUUCCAGGUCAAUGCCAAUGCCAAAGCCACGCUCGACAUGAACGUUGACAUGACCGUUGGCAUCAACUAUCAUAUUGACAACGCACAGCUCUUCUUCCCGCCGAAUGGACAGCAGGGCGGAGGAUCAUUCCAGCUGGGGAAUACCCCAUUGAAGUUGUCCGCCGACACCAAGGCUGCUGCCACAGGGACUGUGGAGGCACACCUUGUACCGUCAAUCAACCUCGGUCUGUCUGCGCUGGGGGUCGUGCAAGCGACAGUUAAUCUUGACCUUGAUGCAUCGGCGACAAUGCAGCUUAAGGUUGAAGCCAAUGCUGGGGCAGGCGCGACCGUCGCCCAGAAACGGGCUAAUGGCGGCAUUGACUUCUCAGACGAUGAGUCAGAUGACGCUGGCGAUUCGGAGCUCGACGACUCUGAUAACGAUAGCGAUUCGGGCGAUACGGUCGAUGGCCCAGGGGACGCGGCGAACUCUAGUUCUCAGGACGACUCGGACGAUGCUACCUCCUCUGACGAUUCAGACCCCAGCGAUUCCUCAUCGGCAAAUGACGAUGACGAUGCGUUUGGAGAGGACUUAGAAGAUGACGAUAAUCCAACGGAUUCCCUCGACGAUGCGAGCCUUGUUGAUGACGAUGACGAAGCAGACUCCUCGGACACUCCCCAAGCUGAUGAUAUUGGGGAUUCUGAUGACACGCUUGCUGAUGACGAUUCGGAGUCGCAUUUAUCUGAUGCCUGGAGCGAAGUUCAAAACGCAGAUGUCGACGAUUCGGCGGAUACUGCUAAUUUCGGUGCAGAAGAUGAUUCUACCGAUGGUUUGGGCAAUGAUGAUGAAGACAGCUCACUCGACGACAACUCUUUCUCAAACUCGACCAGCAUUGAUUCACCUGCGGAUACCGACAGGAACGACGAUGCUGAUGCGCUAACCAGCUCUGUUGUGGCCGCUACCGACGGCCUGCCCUCAGCCAACUCUACUGCGGCUGACUCUUCCCGAAGCUCCGACAACAAUACUGACCUAGCUGCUGCCCAAUCCCGCGUGUCCACAAAUACAGACGCCUCAUUUGGUGGAUCUUUCACCGUCUCUGCGGGUCUCGCCCUCAAUGCAGGCGCCACCGGAUCGUUCUUUGGCCUGUUUGACAAGAGCACCAAGGUGUCACUGUUCCAGAAGAACUUCGACCUUCUCUCCAAAUCAUUUGGAUCGGAUAAUGCCCGUCGUUCGAAUGUACUCCGUCGCUGGACACCGAGGGUGGCGCGCGCAGACCGCCUCCCACUCCAAGCUCGCGGGCUGCAAUGCCGCAAGGCAGAGAAUACACCACAGAAGCUGGCCGACGCAAGUAUUCCGGCCAAAAGUCUUCAAUGA